GCACAAUUUAUUCAAAAAGAAUAAAAACAAACAAAAAAAGACAACCUUUUAAAUUAUUAAAAAUUUUUCGAUUUUAGUUUUUUAAGAAAUUCGUAUCGAUGUAUGUUCCAUAUUUGACCGCUAGGUCAACAGCGGUGGCUUUUCGAUCAAUCUCGUAUCGAUUUAAAUCGACUUCGUUAGAUGCGAAAAAAAUCUUAGCAAUCAGACGAGAAGAUGCUUCGAUUUGGGAACGUCGAGCUCCGUUGGCUCCACUUCAUGUUCGUCAAUUAGUUCGGAAAGGUGUUAAGGUGAUUGUUCAACCUUCUAAUCGACGUGCAUAUCCACUACAAUCAUAUGUACAAUCUGGUGCUGUUGUUCAAGAAGAUAUCAGCGAAGCACCAGUCAUAAUUGGUGUCAAACAAGUUCCUGUUGAUCUUUUAUUGCCGAACAAAACGUAUGCAUUUUUUUCCCAUACGAUCAAAGCUCAAGAAGCUAAUAUGCCUUUGCUUGAUGCUUGUCUUGAUCGUAAUAUUCGUUUAAUUGAUUAUGAAAAAAUGGUUGAUUCAAUGAAUCAACGAGUGGUAGCUUUUGGACGUUAUGCUGGUAUCGCCGGAAUGAUCAACAUUAUGCAUGGUCUAGGAUUACGGCUGCUGGCUUUGGGUCACCAUACACCAUUCAUGCAUAUUGGUCCUGCUCAUAAUUAUCGUGAUAGCGGAAGUGCUAAACAAGCUGUUCGGGCAAGUGGUUAUGAAAUAGCUUUAGCUAUGAUGCCUCGAUCGAUUGGUCCACUUACAUUUGUCUUCACAGGAUCCGGAAAUGUAUCUCAAGGAGCACAGGAAAUAUUUCAAGAAUUACCAUUUGAGUAUGUUGAUGUAAAAGAUCUGCCACACGUAUCCCAACUAGGUCAAACUACUAAAGUAUAUGGUGCUGUCGUUUCAAGAGCUGAUCAUUGGGUCAAUAAAAAUGGCUCAUCAUUUGAUCCGGAAGAGGCCGAACAGCAUCCUGAACGUUAUUAUUCAAAUUUCGCUUCAAAUAUCGCACCUCAUGCAUCGGUCAUUGUUAAUGGAAUUUAUUGGGCACCAGAUUCGCCAAGAUUAUUGACUAUACCGGAUGCAAAACGAUUAUUACAACCACAUUAUGCUCCUUGGUUACCAACAUCUAUUGGUUCUCCUGCAUUGCCCCAUCGGUUGUUAGCUAUCUGUGAUAUCAGUGCCGAUCCGGGUGGAUCAGUAGAGUUUAUGACUGAUUGUACAACAAUCGACAACCCAUUCUGUUUGUAUGAUGCUGAUUACAACAAGAAAACUAGUGAUUUCGCUGGACCUGGUGUACUUGUAUGCUCGAUUGAUAAUAUGCCUACACAGUUACCAUUAGAAGCAACACAAUCUUUUGGUGAUUUGCUCAGACCAUAUAUUUUUGAUAUCAUCAAUUCAGAUGCAAACGAAUCAUUCGAAAAAUUCAAAGGCAGUGAUGUGGUACAACGAGCAGUUAUUGCUAGCAAUGGAAAAUUGACUUCCAAUUUCGAAUAUAUUAUGGAAAUGAGAACUCAAAAAGAUAAAAGCAAAAGCAGUAAAUCACGAGCAGACAAUGAAAAAUCGGUAUUAGUAUUGGGUGCUGGUUUUGUUGCCGCUCCUCUCGUUGAAAUAUUGACUCGAGACGAAAAAGUUCAUGUAAUUAUCGCAUCAGAUCUUCAAGCUCCUAGUGAAAAUGUUGCAAAAAAUGCAAAAAAAUCAAAUGCUGAAUCAAUAGUUGUAGAUGUACUAAAAAAUCAAGAUCUUUUGGAAACGCUUAUUCAAGAAUCUGAUCUCGUAAUCAGCUUGCUGCCCUAUUCAUUACAUCCCAUCAUUGCUCAAAAAUGCAUCCAAUUCAAAAAGAAUAUGGUAACUGCUAGUUAUAAAAGUCCAGAAAUGAGGGCUCUUCAUGACGAAGCUCUUGAUGCGGGUGUAACAAUCCUAAACGAGGUUGGUCUUGAUCCGGGUAUUGAUCAUUUGUUUGCAAUGGAAUGUUUCGAGCAAGUACAUUCUAACGGAGGUAAAAUAACAUCUUUUAAAUCAUUUUGUGGUGGCAUACCGGCUCCAGAAUCUGCUGAUAAUUCACUUUUAUACAAAUUUAGUUGGAAUCCAAGGGGGGUUAUCUUGAAUACAUUAUCUAGUGCUAGAUGGUUAGAGAAAGGAAAAGUGCAUGAAGUUCCUGAAGGAGGUGCACUGAUGGAUGCUGUCAGAGAUAUUGACUUUUUAAAAGGUUUCAACUUUGAAGGCUACCCAAAUCGUGAUUCGUUAAUCUAUCAGGAUGUGUAUGGACUAAAUUCUGUUCGCACAUUAUUGCGUGGAACAUUGAGGUACAAAGGAUUCUGUAACUUGAUGAAAGGAUUUCAUAUGAUGCAAUUGCUCAAUACUAAUCCGCAUCCUUUACUUCAUCCGAAUGGGCCUGAUAUAACGUGGCGUCAAUUCAUUGCCAAUGUGUUAGCACAACCCGAAGACAUUCUGCCUACAACCGUCAAAAAUAUUAUGUUCGAGAAAAUUGGUCAAGAUGAACAACGUAUGCAAGCUUUAGAAGAACUUGGCCUGUUAGGCGAUGAAAUGAUCGCCAAAAAACAUUCUCCGUUUGAAACGUUGAUGUAUUAUCUGACCAAUAAACUGAUGUAUCAACCAGGUGAACGCGAUCUAGUCGUUUUACGGCAUGAGAUCAACGUGGAAUGGCCUGAUCAAAGCAAAGAAAAACGUAACAUCAAUUUAGUCGUGUACGGAGAUCCAGAUGGAUAUUCAGCAAUGGCUAAAACUGUUGGCUAUCCCACUGGCAUCGCUGCAAACAUGAUUUUGAAUGGAGAAAUCCAAGAAAAAGGCGUUAUUGGACCAACAUCUGUCAACGUUUAUAACACAAUGAUAAAACGACUACGAAUGGAAGGAAUUAGGGCAGUUGAAAAAUCGACAAAAUACUAGAUAAUACUUUGAUUUACGAAACCAAUCAUCUUUGUCUAUAAAAUCGAAUGGUAUACGAUCAUUAGCAUUUGAUCUCAUCAAAGCAAAUAAAAAAUUUUGACAUUCAUUGCUUAUGUU